AUGACGCAUCAAGCGACUGAUGUGGCACGAGACGAAGUCGCCCGGCUUGCGGCAACGCCGCGACGAGCACUGACACUGGCUGAUCUUCUCCGUCAUGGUCGGCCACCAUUAUCCGAAGACGCCCUUCUCGCCUCGGCCAACUUCACAUUAUCCCUAUUGCCUGCGCGGCUCGCCUCGCGAAUCCAGGCCAUACGCAAUCUACCAUUCAUCGUCGUCUCCAAUCCGCACGUCUCCAAGAUCUACCACAACUACCUUCAUUCUCUUUCCACCCUCCUCCCAUAUCAACAACGGCGAAUCACCACCCUCCAAGAAGAGAAGCAAUUCGGCGAAGUCCUCGCAGACCUCGUCCAAACACACACAAACACAAUCCCGGUGCUCGCCCGGGGAUUCCUUGAGUCAAGAAAGUACAUCAAUCCUGAAGAUGUCACACACUUCCUCGACACCCACCUCCGCGCUCGAAUCGGCACACGGCUGAUCGCCGAACAACAUCUGGCAUUACAUUUUGCAUCUCAGCCAGUCGGCGACGACGCACCCCCACCUCCGAAUCCAAUCCCAUCCAACUACAUCGGCGUGAUCGACACUGCCCUCCGACCUGCGCGAAUCAUCCGGGUCUGCGAAGACUUCGUGGGUGAGAUCUGCGAACUGAAGUACGGAGUUCGACCGCGCCUAGAGAUCGGCGGCGAGCCGGAGGCAUCGUUCGCGCAUGUCCCCGUUCACAUAGAGUACAUCAUUACCGAGCUCCUCAAAAAUGCCUUCCGAGCAACCAUCGAGUCUGGCAAUGAGCGCGAGCCAAUCGAGGUCACGAUUGCGGCCGCCCCCGACGUCCCAAGCAACAUCCGCCCCAUGCGGGGCGAUGCCGAUAUAGGGUUUGAGCUGAGUGCGAAUAAUGAUUCGGUGGCACCGCACGACCCGAUUCGACAGUCCAGCCCCUCUUCUCAGAGCAUCACCAUUCGCAUUCGUGAUCGGGGCGGUGGUAUUCCGCCUGAUGUACUGCCUCACAUCUGGUCGUACAGUUUCACGACUUUCUCGGAGGAUGAUUUCCAGAAUCCUGAUAGUAGCAGUCUUGGGGCCCUGAAUACUAUCGCGAGCACGGGGGGCCAUCUAAGUAGUAUUGCGGGUCUUGGAUAUGGAUUGCCGCUGAGUCGGGCCUAUGCAGAAUAUUUCGGGGGCAGCAUUGCGGUGCAAAGUCUCUGGGGCUGGGGGACGGAUGUCUACCUGACGUUGCAGGGCGUGGGAAGGGUUGACUGA